CAUGCUUUAAAAUUAAAUAAGUCAAAACUCGUAAGACCUAAUUACCGUAACUCGGCAUAUUGCAAAAAAUAUAGCCUAAUAAAAUGCGAUGCGAAAGCUCUUUAAUAUUUUCUACCAGGAAUGUCUUUAGUAGUUUAAACGGUUUCUAGAAACAAAACAUAGUCUUCAGACUGUAAACGACAUGCUAUUGUACUUUUCUGUUAAAUACAGUAGUCCUCCCUGCGUAAAGUUGUCUUGUCCAUCUGUAGAAGAAUGUCUAAUCGUCACUGCUGUCGUGAAGUGUCCUUUUCUCAGCCAUAGGUGUCCGAUAGGGAGCAAAAACAACUUUGUGAACUUCUUCCACCCGGCGUUCGUGAAGACAACCUCCGCUGAGUUUCCUCGCGCGCACAAUCCAUUCAUCUUGAGUAACGUUUUAAGAUGGCGCGGAAGAACAAAUCGCGUCCUUGUGUCCACUAGAACGAUGAAAAAAUAACGCGCCCCAUUUUCUCAGGAUCGGGGUGUCAUCCCCUUCUGUCUGCUGAGUAGGGUCCACCUGUAAGAUACUUCUUUUGAGGGGUGGGACCCCACCGGCGCUGUCACGAGAAGAGGCGGUCCGUGCACCGGCUUGGAAAAGGAUUGGAAAAGUAAAGACCGUCUCCUGCGCUGAUUGGGGGCCCGGAGGGGAGAGCGAGGAGGGCGGGAGGAUUGCGCUCACGAGCCUUUGUGUUUCACUUCUAAUAUCUCACAUAUCAAUAAUUGAGCGCGCGAGCAGACGGACCCCACGCGCUAUGUAUUCUACUGCGCGCGAGCUCGGUAAGGGCCUUGAUCCGCUUUCAGUCGGCUCUUCCACUACGGACUGAGACGGGAACGAGGGGGAAACUGUUGUAGUUUUGACUUGAACUGUUUGGAAGGACUUGCUUUUACAGUGAGGACAGGUUUGGAGUGGUUUUGGUUUGGGAUUUGAGCGCGCUGCGUCUUUGCGAAAAGACUGCUGUUAGGUGCGGAGUGAAGUUGGCAUGAUGUUGACGUUGGUGCUAGGCGCAGUGUGGUUAGUGUGCCAUGCGUACGCACAGAACGAGACAGAACCCAUCGUACUGGAGGGGAAAUGCUUGGUCGUGUGCGACUCAAAUCCCACCUCGGAUCCCACUGGGACGGCUCUUGGGAUAUCGGUGCGCUCGGGAAGCGCCAAAGUGGCUUUUUCCGUGGUGAGGAACACGAACCACGAGCCGUCUGAGAUGAGCAAUCGAACAAUGGUGAUCUACUUCGAUCAGGUACUUGUGAACGUCGGUAGAAGUUUCGACGAGGAAAGGAGCAAUUUCUUCGCCCCGCGCAAAGGGAUAUACAGUUUUAAUUUCCACGUAGUGAAAGUGUAUAAUCGUCAAACGAUCCAGGUGAGCCUGAUGCACAACGGCUGGCCGGUGAUCUCCGCCUUCGCCGGGGAUCAAGACGUCACGCGCGAAGCGGCCAGUAACGGCGUUCUGAUUCAAAUGGAGAAAGGUGACCGCGCCUACCUCAAGCUGGAGCGAGGCAACCUGAUGGGCGGCUGGAAGUACUCCACUUUCUCCGGCUUCCUGGUCUUCCCUCUGUAGAGGAGGGGCACGCGAUGGAAGGACUAUUGCUCUUUAGCUCGCCGGCUUGUGGGAGAUAGAAGGGAUAUGAGGGCGGAUGAGAGAUAGAAUGAUAGCGAGAAUGUAAAAAAAAAAAAAAAAAACAUAUAGGAAGAGAAAAUUUAGUGUGGCAGGCUCUCAGUCGCACUCACUUUGCUCUGCUGCUUGACUUCAGCUCUGGACAGCCAAAACUUUUUUUUUUUUAUUAUCCUUAUGAUAAUAAUAAUAUGGAAAGAAAGCAUACCGAGGACCGUAGCCCUUCCUACACCCCCCCCCCCGUUUACUCAUCCCAUCACAAUCCACCCUCAAAAGUCAUCAUCUGCUUUAAGGAUUGUCCUACAACAGCCCAGACCCCCAUUUCACACUGGUCACAUCUUUGUAUAUUCUCUCCAUACGUACAUACUGUCUCAAAUGCCAUUGUCAUUCCUCUCAGUCCAGUCGCCCCUUCUUUUCUGGCUUCCUCCAGCUCACCCUUUCUUGUCUCUGAGAGGGUGUCUUUGCGUCUUUGUCAUGACAGAAGGAUCUCUGAAUCCCCACGAAAAGACUGCAUACUGGAUAUAUACAUAUAUAAAUACGUAAAAAAGUUUCUAUAUGAUUAUGAUAUACUCAACGCCUAACUGAAUCUGGUUGACUCUGUAUUUCUGUAUUUCAGUGUUAAUACUUAGUGAUUGUGUGUGGAUUUUCAGGCUGCUGUCCAACUACCAAUGCUUCUUGUUUUUGUUUCGGUCAAAAAUGUGGCUAAGAUGAAACUAUAUCAGAAAUACUAUAAAGUACAAAGUUUUAUUAUCAUUGAUUGUAAGAUAUAUGUGAAUAUUUAGCAGGCAAAAUCCUCCCUUUUAAUCAGUUAACCAUUGUUUUUUUUUUUCUUUGAUUCAAUAAAAAUUAAAUGGUACUUUUUA